CUGCAACAUUCAUCAUCACUGCGCCUAGGCACGUUCAGGCCCCUCUCUAGGUUUCCUUACUCUUACUACUGCACAGAAUAGCGCCAACGCUAUGAUUCGGCGCCCACCUACUCUCAUUCGUAUGUCUGACCUCGAUGUGCAAGACGUUCGCGACGUGGUCGCCCUACAGAAACAAGACUCUGAUACUAGAAACGCCUUUGUCAGUAAAAUUGCGCAGACAUAUCAGGGCCCUCCUCCCGGUCCUGAGCGUGGCAAGGAGCUUUUGGAGCAUUUUCAGGCUGCUUCCGCAUGGCAGGCUGCCAAAGAGGAUAGGGAGAGACGACUAGGAUUGGUAAACGACAACGAGGCCAGUACAUCUCGGAAUUAAGUGCUCUGCAACAUUGAGCGCUUGAGCACGGAAGAACGGGAGCACACUCUGUCAGCCAGAAUAGCCACUAUGUAUCCCUCUGAUUCUAUAUCUUAUGGAGACCUUGCUGGAUUUUAGAUAUUCCUGAGCAAAACCAGCUAAAUGUUCUUCAAAAUCUCAGGUUCCUUUUUAUUUGUAGUCCAACUAGACCACCAACAUACAAUGCAAUAAGAACGACGGGAAUUCGUCGAGAGA